UCUCUAACUAAUCUAGAAUUUUCAUUUUUUUUCCUGGGUCAACUCAAUACUUAUUAUUUUGAUAUGUAUCAGUAGUAAAGAGUUUACAUAUGAUAUCUGAAACUAACCCCUGGACUCUAGUUAUAAAUCCAAACCCAAAAAGUCAAAGAAUGUCUAAGAAUUGGCCCACGAUCAAGGGCCUAUUUAAGGCCCAGUAGUAUCAACGAGUGAGAUAAAUAUUAUGGCCCACUAUCUCAUCACAGUCGAACACAAACUGAAUCAAACAAACUCACACUCCAGCUUAAUUUCAUUUUUCCACUAUCUGCUUAAACCCUAGGAGUUGCGAAAAAAAAAAUCAUUUUCUCAAUCUUUGCUGCUUCAAUGAGAACACUAAUCUCUCCAUCUUUUCCUCCCCUCUUCUCUCUCCACCUCCCUAAACCUUCCCUCUUCUCUACAGCUCUCCGCGCCUCCCGCUACCCUCUCACAGCUUCCGCCUUCUCGCUCAACAGACUCCCCACUAAUCCGCAUCGUCCCUCGGCCUCACGCCGGGAGUUACAGACGGAGGCGGCUUCUAAGUCUAAGCCCUUCUCUGCUCCUCCCGGGGAGAUACACGUCGUCGUCGGUCCGAUGUUCUCCGGGAAAACCACAACGCUUCUCCGCCGAAUCCUCUCGGAGAGGGAGAGCGGGAAGAAGGUAGCCGUCAUCAAAUCGGAUAAAGACGACAGGUACUGUGCGGAAUCGAUCGUUACUCACGACGGAGAGAAGUUCCCUUGCUGGGCUCUCCCUGAUCUGAACUCUUUCAAGGAGAGAUUCGGUUUCGAUGCGUAUAGGAAUCAGUUGGACGUGAUUGGGAUCGACGAGGCGCAGUUCUUCGGGGACCUCUACGAGUUUUGCCGCGAGGCGGCUGAUAAGGAGGGUAAAACGGUAAUUGUGGCGGGAUUGGAUGGUGAUUAUCUGAGGAGGAGGUUCGGUUCGGUGCUGGAUUUGGUUCCGGUUGCGGAUACGGUUACGAAGCUGGCGUCGAGGUGUGAGGUUUGUGGGAAGAGAGCUUCGUUUACGCUGAGGAAGACGGAGGAGAGGGAGACGGAGCUGAUCGGUGGAGCGGAGGUUUAUAUGCCUGUGUGUCGGAGUCAUUACGUUAGCGGUCAAGGCGUUUUGGAGACCGCUCGUGCCGUUUUGGAAGCUUCUUCCCAGCGAAACGCGACGCGCGGUUUAGAAGCAACGAGUCUCUCCCCUCCGUUUUAAUCCGCGUUUUGCGUUGUUUAGAAAAGAACCAAAUGUUUAGCUAGCUGCCUUGGAAUUGUGAUGUACCACUUAUUAGCUUAAUCAGUGAUUUUAAUUACA